AGUUAUUCUUUUCUCCUGCUCGAUUCAACAAUUCCCACUUUCCUCCAGUUUUCACACUUUGCUCAACCCUCCUACAAGCUCUUACAAUUCCCAGAUUUUCAUUCUCGUUUUUAUUUUCACUUUCAUUUUACUACAUUGUUAUUCUAUUCUCUUUUUUCCAUAAUUCACAGCAGCCAAUUUGUUGGAAAUCUUAAUCCACAGUCGACAACAUCAAUUCUAAAUUUCUAAAUUUUAAAAACAUUAAAAUUCAGAAAAUUCAGAAAAAAUUAAACAAAAAAACAAAAAACAAAAAAUGGCCGAAGAAUCAAUAAUUUUAUCAAACCAAAUUCUCACCAAUAACAAUCCUACAAACAACGAUACCUCUUUUAAAAAAGAUAUCUCUUUUAAAAAAGAACCAAUUCAAUCAAAUGAAUUAAAUCAAGAUAAACCAAAUGAUCUAAAUAAACUAAAUAAACUAAAUCAACUAAAUCAACUAAAUCAACUAAAUGACCCAAAUGACUCAAACGACCCAAACGACCCAAAACAUCCAAACAACUUAGAUAACACAAAUCACCCUCAGCUCUCUCAUAAAGAUAUCGAAUCCCCCGAAAACAUCUCCAUCAAAAAAUCAAUUAAAGACCAAAAAAUAUCCAAAGAAUCAAACAAAUAUGGCCUAUCUGACUGUCUUGUUGGCGCCCUAUUCAACGCUCGCGAUAGACAAUUCGUAUUGGAAUUGGAAUCAACCCUUCUCGAUUUCUCAAUCUCAAACAUCAACUCCUAUAAACUAAAGCCAAUGAACUCCUACUACAGACUACUAGCCCACCAUAUUGCCGAUUACCAUGACCUAGGCCACAUUCUAAAUAACGAUGGCGUCUCCGUAGUUGUCUACAAAACCUUCAAUCCUCCAAAUAAACUGCCCCCAAAAUUCAACAAAGACAGCACUAACAAUAACAAUAACAAUAAUGACUCUCAAGAUAUCAACAACGAAAAUCACGACACAAAACCAACUGAUAAUGAUGAAAAAAUCAAAAAUCAACCAAAAAUUAAUCUCAGCCAAAUCCCUGACUUUGUCAACUCAAAACCUCUAACGACUCUAGACUACAACGAAAACUCAAUUCCAAAUCACAGCCACAACCACAAUCAUAAUCACAACCAUAAUUAUGAUUUUUCGAAAAAAAUCCAUAAUUUCAAUAGCAACAACAACAAUAAUAAUAACAACAAUAAUAACAAUAACUCAUCUUCAAAUCCCUCAAAUUCAAACAACUUUUCUAAUUACAAUAACCUUAGAUCUUAUAACGGCAGAAACUUAAACAACAGCAUCGACCGCCAUGCCUUUAAAAUCAUGAAGCGUAAAGAAGACGUUAAAAGAUUACUCGACGAAAAAGCAAAACUAGAAAAAGAACAAAAAGAAUUAAAACACCAAGACUUUCUAAACAAAAGAGACCACACCUUCCAUCCAAAUCACCAAAUGAAUUUCAUCAACAACAACAACAACAUCAAUCCCAAAAUAUUCAAUUCUCAAUCUCCAGAAAAUAAAAUAGCUGAUCCUAAUGAUACAUCUGUCAGCGCUAUAGACCCAAUCCUCGAGUCUGAAAGAGCCUCCAAAGAAGCCUACUAUUUGCAAGCGAGAGAAAGAAUUUACAAAGACAAUGAAGGCGAUGACGAUUUUGAUGACGACGACUAUAACGAAGAUUACAAUGAAGAUUUCGAUAAUGAUACUAAAAACAAUAUUAAUAUUAAUAAUAAUAAUAGUAAUAGUAAUAAUAAUAAUAAAUAUUCCUAUUCUCAAAAUUACAAUAACUUUAAUAAUAGCAAUAACAAUAAUGAUCCAUAUUAUGACAGAUAUGACAAUCGAUUUUUAGAUGCAGCCUUUGAUAGAUUCAAUCCAACUUAUUAUACCGGGUUCUAUUAUCCCUCGGCAUCAGCCAACUAUUAUAAUCCAAAUAACCAAUAUUAUUCAAUAAAUCAAAACCAAAACCAAAACCAAAAUCAAAAUCAAAGUCAAAAUAAGAAAUUGCAAAAUAAAAAAUACAAUAAUCGUAAUAACACCAAUAACACUAAUACCACUAAUACUAGUAUCAAUGGCAAUAAUAACAAUAACAAUAACAAUAAUAUGAACGGAAAUAACAAUAAUAACAAUAUGAAUGUAAAAAACUCAAAUACUAAUAGUUAUAGUAAAAAUUGGAAUCCAAAUUACUAUUCUCAAGUCCCUUCACCACAAUUCUAUUCAACAACUCCACCAUAUGGUAUGAAUAUCCCAAUUGGAAUGCUUCCAGCUACAGGACCAAUAGUGCCUGGUGGUGGUUCGCCAGUAGCAACAGCCACAGGAACUUCACCGGUGGCCAAUAAUAACCAAUUCUUUCCACAAAUGCCUCCUUCAAUUAUAAAUGGACCAACAUUGGUUCAUCAACACUCAAUGCCUCAUUUGCCUCAAAGCACACCAUCCAGUUUUAAUUUAAUGGUGCCUCCACCACCACGUUCUAAUCCCUCCACAUCUCAACCAAAUUCUCCAAAAAUAUAAGAGAAAUUUUGCCAAAAACAGUUACAGAAAUAAUAAUAAUAAUAAUAAUAA